GUGCGCAAAGCUCCAGCGCCGGACUGGACUGGACUGGACGCAGUUUGUCGGUCCAAACGAGAGCCGCUGCAAGGAAAAGGGGGGGUUGGUGGUGGCCCACAAUGCUCCAAAAACGGGGGGGAAAUAAUCAGACAUGGAUAUUUAAAUGCUUUCCAGCGGUUUCUCUCUUGUUUCUUUUUUCCCCCCUCCAAAUUUCCUCCUGAUUUAGAUGUUGCUGCUGUUUAAUUAGAGCUGCUCCAUGUCUCCCAUCACUUUAUAACCGCCACAAGAUGAGGAUUUCUUCUCGCCGCUGGUUUUUGUUGAUAUUUUGGGGCUUGUGGGGACUGUCGCUGGGUGCUUUCCCGAGCAGCGUUCAGAUCGGCGGACUCUUCAUCAGAAACACGGAUCAGGAGUACACCGCGUUCCGCUUGGCCAUCUUCCUGCACAACACCAGCCCCAAUGCCUCGGAAGCGCCCUUCAACCUGGUGCCUCACGUGGACAACAUUGAGACGGCAAACAGCUUCGCCGUCACCAACGCCUUUUGCUCCCAGUACUCCCGCGGUGUCUUCGCCAUCUUCGGCCUCUACGACAAGCGAUCGGUGCACACGUUGACAUCCUUCUGCAGCGCCCUGCACAUCUCCCUCAUCACGCCCAGCUUCCCCACCGAGGGCGAGAGCCAGUUCACGCUGCAGCUCCGGCCGUCCAUCCGGGGAGCGCUGCUGUCCUUGCUGGAUCACUACGACUGGAACAAGUUUGUCUUCCUCUACGACACAGAUCGAGGUUACGCCAUCCUGCAGGCCAUCAUGGAGAGGGCGGGCCAGAACAACUGGCAGGUGAGCGCCAUCUGCGUGGAGAACUUCAACGACGCCAACUACCGCCGCCUGCUGGACGACCUGGACAGGCGGCAGGAGAAGAAGUUUGUGAUCGACCUGGAGGCCGAGAGGCUGCAGAACAUGCUGGAACAGAUUGUCAGCGUGGGAAAACACGUCAAAGGCUACCAUUACAUCAUGGCCAACCUGGGUUUCAAAGACAUCAAUCUGGAGCGCUUCAUGCAUGGCGGCGCCAACGUGACGGGCUUCCAGCUGGUGGACUUCAGCAAUGCUAUGGUCAUCAAACUGAUGCAGCGCUGGAACAAGCUGGAUCAGAGGGAGUACCCGGGUUCCGACGCCCCGCCCAAGUAUACGUCGGCGUUGACCUACGACGGGGUGAUGGUGAUGGCCGAGGCCUUCAGGAACCUCCGCCGGCAAAAGGUGGACAUUUCCCGAAGGGGCAACGCCGGCGACUGCCUGGCCAACCCCGCCGCCCCGUGGAACCAGGGUAUCGACAUGGAGCGUACUCUCAAACAGGUGCGGCUGCAGGGAUUAACAGGUAAUGUCCAGUUUGACCACUAUGGCCGCAGGGUCAACUACACGAUGGACGUGUUUGAGCUGAAGAAUAAUGGACCCAGACGGAUUGGCUACUGGAACGACGCCGACAAGCUGGUGCUGAUCCAGGACUCGCCGCACCUUCCCAACGACACGUCCGGCAUGGAAAACCGCACGGUGGUGGUGACCACCAUCAUGGAGGGUCCCUAUGUGAUGCUUAAGAAGAACUGGGAGAUGUACGAGGGCAACGACCAAUAUGAAGGAUACUGCGUGGACCUGGCCUCUGAGAUCGCAAAGCACAUCGGCAUCAAGUACAAGAUCUCCAUCGUCCCCGAUGGCAAGUACGGCGCCCGGGACCCAGAGACGAAGAUCUGGAACGGCAUGGUCGGGGAGCUGGUGUACGGGAAAGCGGAAAUCGCUGUGGCCCCUUUGACAAUCACUUUGGUCCGGGAAGAGGUGAUCGACUUCUCCAAGCCCUUCAUGUCGCUGGGCAUCUCCAUCAUGAUCAAGAAGCCCCAGAAAUCCAAACCGGGCGUCUUCUCCUUCCUGGACCCGUUGGCCUACGAGAUCUGGAUGUGCAUCGUGUUCGCCUACAUCGGCGUGAGCGUGGUGCUCUUCCUGGUCAGCCGCUUCAGCCCGUACGAGUGGCACACCGAGGAGCCCGAGGAGGGCACCGACGGUCCGCCAAGCGACCAGCCCCCCAAUGAGUUUGGCAUCUUCAACUCGCUCUGGUUCUCCCUGGGCGCCUUCAUGCAGCAGGGCUGCGACAUCUCUCCCAGGUCCUUAUCCGGUCGGAUUGUCGGCGGCGUGUGGUGGUUCUUCACCCUCAUCAUCAUCUCGUCCUACACGGCUAACCUGGCCGCCUUCCUCACUGUGGAGAGGAUGGUGUCCCCCAUCGAAAGCGCAGAGGAUCUGGCCAAGCAGACUGACAUUGCAUACGGAACUUUGGACUCUGGUUCCACUAAGGAGUUCUUCAGGCGCUCCAAGAUAGCAGUCUACGAGAAGAUGUGGGGCUACAUGAAGUCGGCCGAGCCCACCGUCUUCACCAAGACCACGGCGGAGGGCGUGGCGCGCGUGCGCAAGUCCAAGGGGAAGUACGCCUUCCUGCUGGAGUCCACCAUGAACGAGUACACGGAGCAGCGCAAGCCGUGCGACACCAUGAAAGUGGGGGGCAACCUGGACUCCAAAGGCUACGGUGUAGCCACGCCCAAGGGUUCACAGUUAAGGUGGGUGGAAUAGUGUAACAAUAUGGUCUACGUGUUGUUAUGGUAUUCCACCUUCCCUGGUGUGCCGCCUUUCGCUGAAUGUCACCACUUCCUGCUCAGUGCAGAGUGGGCGGGGUCUUUUUUUCUGAUUUUACAUCUGUGUUUGGUGCAUGAGUGCUGCUUUUUUUUUUAUAUCUAAUCUAUUCCUCCACAGUUGAUCCAGCUCAGGUAAAACUGUCUUUGCAUGGCAUGCCUCUGGUUUAUCACUCAUUUUAAGGUAAUGAGCAUGACUGAAAAGGAAAAGGAUUAGCUCUUCUUUUGACUUGUGGACACCAUGUGAAUGCGAAGCCCUGACCUGACUUUGCGGCUGCAGAGUGGAAUUUACAGACGUUUAGUGGACACAGUGUCCUUACUAGGUGUGUAACGGCACAUGUAUUCAUGAUGUGAUUCUUCAGUACGGCACGGAGGGGUACUGAGUUCCCACACGGAACACAUUCAGUGUAUACGGUCACGCAUCUACUCCAUAAACAAAUCCAGCGCAUCUCAGCCUUUAGCUAGCAGGAUUCAUGGCGAUCCAUCCAUCCAUCCAUCCAUCCAUCCAUCCAUCCACCCACCCAUCCAUCUUCUUCCGCUUAUCCGAGGUCGGGUCAUGGGGGCAGCAGCCGAAGCAGAGAAGUCCAGACAUCCCUCUUCCCGGCUACUUAGUCCAGCUCCUCCCGGCAGAUCCUGAGGUGUUCCCGAGCCAGUCGAGAGACAUAGUCCCUCCAACGUGUCCUGGGUCUUCCCCGAGGCCUCCUACCAGUUAGAUGUGCCCUGAAAACCUCCCCAGGGAGGCAUCCAGGAGACAUCCUGACCAAAUGUCCGAGCCACCUCAUAUUGCUCCUCUCAAAGUGGAGGAGGGGCGAUUCUACCCUGAGUUUCUUCCAGAUGACAGUGCUUCUGACCCUAUCUCUAAAGGAGAGCCCAGCCACCCUAUAGAGGAAAUACAUUUCGUCCGCUUGUACUUGCAAUCUUGUUGUUUCGGUCACUAUCCAACGCUCAUGACCGUAGGUGAGGGUAGGAACGUAGAUCGACUGGUAAAUUGAGAGCUUUGCCUUUCGGCUUAGCUCUCUCUUCACCCACAACGGACCGAUGCAAAGUCCGCAUCACUGCAGACGGCGCAUCAAUCUGCCUGUCGAUCUUGUGCUCCAUCACUCGUGAACAAGACUCCUAAGGUAUAUAAAAAACUCGUCCACUUGGGGCAAGAUCUCAUCCCAACCCAGAGGUGGCGCUCCACCCUUUUCCAGGCGAGAACCAUGGACUUGGAGGUGCUGAUUCUCCUCCCGGCUGCGAACCGACCCAGCAGGACCACAUCAUCUGCAAAAAGCAGAGACCCUACCCUGCAGCCGCCAAACGGGAUUCCCUCAAUGCUGUGGCUGCGCCUAGAAAUUCUGUUUACAACGGUGUGUUUCAAACAUGCUGUCCAUGAAGGAACACGUGGUUACAUUUCACUUACAAGGGACUCAGGGACCUGCAGGAGGGAGGAAGCUCAUUUCAUUCGCUUGUACCCACAAUCUUGUCCUUUCGGUCACGACCAAAAGCUCAUGACUCUCGAGUCAUGGCAGAUCAGUGAAGAUGGGGAACAGGGCUACAAACUGGAACUUUUCACGCUGCACUUCAGGCAGGAAGGAAUUUUGAUUUCCUUAAAAUACAUUUCAUUGUAUUUUUUUGAGAAUUACCUAAAAAGUCUUGUGUUUGGAUUUUGUCCCCUUACUGACCUGAAAGGUGACCUUAAAAACGAGGUACGCUACAGAACUGAUUAGGCACCAUGACACCCCAUUAUUACCGUGGGUGGUCAUCGAUCAGAGCCUGGCGGCCAGGUCUCGCUGGAGGGAAAGGAUAAAUGUGGAGCCUCCGUGACGAUUGCUUGCAGAGAAAGUGUGGCAGCCUCCAGAUUGUGUUGCAGCUCCAGUGCAGUAGAAACAAAUUGCUGAAAAAUGAAGUGGUGUUUGGCACGGUGGCCACUAAAUCAAACAUCUGUAAAUUCCAAGUGGAGCAGCAGUAGCUGCUGGGAAAAAGUCCCUGACAGAUGACACCGGUCCCUUCUUCCGAGCCUCCAUCUUGUUAUUUCGGGCUGGAUUAUCGUCUUCUGCCAGUCACUUGUCCUCCUUAUCAGUAGUUAAAAAAAAAAAAAAACACGUCCAGAGCAGUUGUCGUUCAGGGCUUCUACUUCACAAUCAUUGACCGCUUUGUGUUUCCAAAGCUGACUUGUUUGUGGGUUUUGUCGAAAAUGAUGGGGAUUGAAAUCCAGGAUCAAAACGCACACUGAGCCAAAUCUCGCCAUUCUUCUCGAAAGAAAGAAAGCUGUGAAAUCAUCAACAAUUUUCCAAAUAGGCAAUCAUGCACAAAUCACGGAACAACAGGUGUCAGCAAUGAUGAAUUAGCUGCUAAAUAGACCGUCAAAGCCCAACAAAAAGACCAAAAACAAUCCAAAACAUGUCAAUUCCUGUCGUUGGCGGUAAUGUGCUUGUAUUUAUCUCAUCACCGUCGAAUGGAUCUUGGGCUGUUACAACAAAAAGCAAAAAUAAAUUUGGCAAGCUGUACCUUAACCCCUAAAAAUGUAACAGGUUUGUCUUUGAGAUGACGUAGUGUGAAUAUUUGAUAUAAUGAUGAUUGUGUGCAUCUUCAUCAAUAGCCCCACCAUAUUGUUCAAUUUAGGCCAGCAUUUUCCAUCAUACUCUUCCUUGUGGGGAGACUGUGCACCAGACAAAUAGGAUAAUUACGGGGUUUAGUCGUGGUUUAUUGCUAAAAUCGUUUAUACAGUUUCAUCCUUACGCUGCAAAAUCUGAAAUCAAACUGACAACGUAGUAUUUUUGGGCAGAUACUUAGUGCAAAAAGUUGACUAAAAACAGGUGUUUUCCAAAGUGCGGCCCGGACACCAUUUGUGGCUGUUUUUUUUUUUUUUGUAUUGGCCCACGGCACAUUCUAAAAAUGUUAUUUAACAAGAAAAACUAAAAAAAAUCUGCAGUAAUUUUACAAGAAUAAAGUCGAAAUAUGAAGGGAAAAAAGUUGCAAUCUAACAAGAAAAAGUUGUAAUUUUACUUGAAUAAAAUGUGACGUUCCGAGAAUAAAGUCCAAAUAUUAUGAGAAUCAAGUCACGCAUGCAAGAUUUAACAAGGUAGUUGAAAUAUUUGGGAAAUUUGAGAAAACACCAAAAAUGGGGAAAAAAGAGCAAAGAGUGAACUUAAUAGGCGUUUUCACCGAUAUCACAAAGCUGAGAUGCAGUUUUUCUUCAUAUAUACAUAAAUAACUUCCUAGCAUACUGUAUCUACAAGUGCUCCUUUACAAAAUAUCAAAGUAGUAGUAUCCUUUCAUUUUCACGAUGUGGCCCUCGCUGGAAAAACUCUCGGACACCCCAGACGUACAGUAAAGGGCUAGUUGGGAUUUUUUUGACAUGAAGUUGUAUGCCAUCCCCAUCAGCAGUGUAGUCCAGCAACAGUGACUUACCCCCCCAGUUGGUCCCGUGAGCCCGGUUCUGGUCGAAUAUCAGUGACGAGGAACGUAGUUCCGCUUAGUUGCUUCUCCAAACAAUAUGCGUUCAAAAGAGUAAUACAUUUCGCAUGGCAAAAAUGCUCAAAGAACAUGCGAGCGUCUUCAUCACAUCCACAAGAAUGCAUAGGCGACGGUGCGCAGGGAUACGGCGGAAGGCAAACAUAACGCCGGUCUUCAGCAGGUACACGGCCAAGACCAGGGAUCUUGGUCUCUAAAAGGUUGGUGACCACAGCGUCAGACUAUUCCAAGGGCCCCUGGCAAAUAGGUCAUUAUUAAAAAAGAAACUUUUGCGUGGAUUUCUACUAUUUCACACAAACCUGAAUUUAAUUUGACGCAUGUUUUGGAGUAAUACGAACACAUGGGAAAUAAACUGUUAAAUCAUUUCUUUUUAAAAUAUCUUUAUGAAAUAGAAAUGUUUCCUGCUUAAGUUAAAAGAGAAUAAAUUGAGUGUCCAGGCUGCUGGGGUGUCCAACUUUCACCACGAUUAGAUUUGUCAACUAGUUGUGUUUUAUUUGUGACUGGCAACAUCUCAAUUGUACACUACUUUAUUUACCAAGCACAUUUCCACGCAAACGGUGUGGCCAUCGUCUUUAUGUUAUUUUGUGCUCAUUUGUCAUUAUAUAAAAGCAGAAAGUAUGAAUUCAACAGUUGUCAUAAAAAAACACUAAGAGUUGAAGUAAAUAUUCUUUGACCCUUUGGUGAGCUACUGAAAAUCAGCUGAUAGUACCGCCAUCAUAAGGCUGGACACACCAUGUGUUUACGUUCAUUAAACAACCACACAAAUAGUGUUUGGAGGACAACACAUAAUUAGUAUCAUGACAACAAGAGAGCAAAAUUGUUCAGUGACACUUGAAAAAGUUAGUACGUACCCCGUGAACGUCAUACCCACUUGUAGCUUCCCCGUGGGACAAAAACGAGCUCCAAACUAACCGCAUUGCUUGUUUGUUUUAAAAACAAAAUGUUACUGUCCGAAGACCAGAAGCUAACUGCACACCAUGUUAACUCUAGCUAGCGAGCUAGCUAGCUGCCGCCACUGACAGCUGAGCGGUGUUCUUGCAUUAUUAACUGAAAACCUGAAUGAAAAGCAGGCUGCAGGCGCUUCAUGUCAUCGUGGGGGGGCUACCUGGUCGGCACCACUUUGGUGACCCCCUGGGCUAUAUGUUAUGAAAGGGGAACUAUAAAAUUUAGGCAAAAACAUAUUUGACUUACUUUUUCAAAAGUAAAGAUCAGGCGUCUUCUUUAAGGAGACUUUGGAUGCAAGAGCAGCUUGAUGGCGCUCCAGCAGGACCCUAAGCAGCCAACCCGGUUUCCUCCACCGUCGCCGACAGCCGGCCAUCCGGUCGGACGAAUCCAACCACUGUUCGGGCUAUCACGGGUGCGUGUCCCACGUUUUGGCUAAUUAACCGCCGUCCAACCGACGAUUACAUCGCGAGCUGCGCAAACAUGCAGUAGCAGGUACAUUCAUGAUAACAUGUAAUACUUACAGUAUUUUGGUCAUUUGAAGCAGCACCGGAGCUUCCUUCCAGAGGCCACAGCAACCAACGCUACUUCAGUCAACAGCAACAGAGCGAGCGUUACCUAUCACUAAUCAUGGCAGACUGCGUUAGAGCUGACGACCGACUACUACUUUUUACUUUUACUAGAAUAACGUUGCUCGUCCAGCUAUAGUGAAACACUAAUCCGGUCUCAUAGCGUUAGCGUGUAGCACUCAUGCUAAAACCAGAAUGAAACAGUCACUUACAAUGUCCGCUCUCGCUGGGAUGCCGACUGAGGGGAUGACGGUAUCUUUCAGCACAAGGCUUGUGCUCCCCGCUGAGCUGCUAAAUUAAAUUCAAACUCACAGGCGAUGCAGCAGCUUCAUUAGCUUCCGUUGCCUCUCGGUAGUAGUGAUGUGCGGAUUGAUGGAUACCUCCGAUACCAGAUCUCUAGGCUCUAAAAUCGAUUGUCAAACCAAAAUAUCGGCGCUUUGAUAGGUCAGUCAUUUGAGGUCGUGUAUAUCAUUAACAGGAACGCAGUGGAAAGUCACUGAAUGAUUGAGAUCUUGUCUAAAUAAUAUGCACUUUACAACAAAUGAGGCUGCACGGUGGCCAAGUGGUUAGCAUGGCUCCAGCGACCCUAAUGACGACUAAGUGGCCAUGAAACUGAAUGAACAAAAUAAAUGAAUAAAUUCCUCCGAUGUCUUAUAUUGUUUAUUUCACGAGCUAUGCUAUGAUUUGAAAUACACUACCUUUUCAAAUGUACCCGACAUGUUAGGUGUUUGAGGUGGAACGAUACACAAAAUUCACGCUUCGGUUCAGUCGAUGCGUUUGUGUUACGGUUCGAUAUUUUUUCCAUACAAAAAAAUAAAUCACCUUGUCUUUUUUAAUUAGAAUUUUAUUGAAAUUGCCAACAUUUUCCACACUUCAACAUUUUCAGCCUGGUACGAAUGUGGGAGGCGGAGCUCAGUGGCUCUGUGCUCGACCAUGCAACCCAAGCCAGAGUAGUUGAUCGCAGAUACGCUGAGCUUUCAGCACAGAGUGCCAUCAGAAGUUGAUCAAAUAAACAUGAAACUGCGUAUUGUUGGAUACAAGGGUCACGGUUCCGUACGCAUGUGUAUUGAACGGUUCGAUACAGAUACUGUACAUGUAUUGUUACACCCCUAUCAGGUGUAUUUGCACAAAGUAUCGGUAUCAGAUUGGUAUCGCCGAUGCAAGCCUUAAUUUUACUCAGUAUCGAAUCAGAAACAAAAUCAGUGAGGCGCUGAGUCACUACGCCAGCAAAGUAGUUCUUCAGUGUUGCUGUAGCUUGGUUCAUAUGCACGUCACGUUCAAUGGAACAGUGUUGGCAUUUUUGGAGGGAUUUUUCCUUUUAUUUUUUGUGCUUUAUAGGCGGAAUAGGUGUGUCCCAUGAUGUGCACUGUUAGCAACCUCAUGCUAGCUGUUUUUCUCUGUUUAGAAUACACAGAAAAAGGAGAGCGUUGUGUUCAUGUUUCACAGAAGGAUUGUGGGUGAUGGGAAAAAUAAAACAAGAAAGUUUUCAUGGGUUUUCACGUUGAAACAACUGCGAUGUUCCAAAAACAGGUGGAUGUGUUGAUAACUUUUGUUAAACAUUAUAUAUCUUAAAUCGAAAAUAAUUUUAUUAAAAUGGUAAAUAAAUUAAAUACACAUUCAUUAACACAUAAACACACACAAAAGUACUGAAAAUUGGUACCACUGAGUACCGAUACCGGGCCUCUACCGUAUACCUAGAGGGCGCCAACAUUCCAACGUAUACAAACAUCAUAUCCCGCGCUCUUUCUGCUUCGAGUACAUAAGCUAUGCUGGCGUAACACACACACACACACACACAAGUUGUUUGCUGUCCGCUACGAUACGGCUACGUUUAAUUACUAACCUUAGCUAUGAAGGGUGUCACAAGAUCUCGUGAGAUUAAAGCGUGACAAGGACACUAAGCACUAAGCCUGGGAUGAUAAUAAAUUAAUGAAAUAUUAAUGAAAUAUUAAUGAUCAUUUUGUCGGCCCAAUGUCUUGCCAUGUGCAUGCAUGUCUGAUGUCCUUGUCUCUUGCCUCCAAGCAGGCAGGAAGAGGAUUCGCUCUGGGCAUUGGUUUCAGCACCUUGGCACGUUUGUUCCAUAAAACAACGGCAUGAACCGAGUGAGCCCUUUGACAGUCCCCUUGUCUCGGUGCAGGCGGGGCCGCUGGCAUGCGCACAAAUUGCAGAGAGAGUGUAGCCUUUUGAGGAGCAAUGCAGGGUAACAUAGUACAAAUUAGUAGAUUGCAAUACAUUCAUUGUACUUUUCCUAAAAGUAAUGUUAAAAUGUCGUCUCGUUCUCGUAGACCCAAUCUCGUGUAUCAUCUCGUCUCAUGACACCCCUGUUAGCUAUUAUUGACUGUUUAGCCAGUCAUAAAUCAGCGUGAAUGAAAAUUGUUGAUUGCCUUCGUGCGUGUGUGUGUGUGUGUGUGUGUGUGUGUGUGUGUGUGUGUGUGUGUGUGUAACCCCUACCAGAGAUGGUGGUCUUCUGUUUUUUUAGUUGGAAAAAAAUGAGCCGGUUGCAACCAGUACCUUUAAGAUCUUAAAAAAAAAAAAAAACAGGUGGGAUUUGGCGUCCAGUGUGUGUUUGUUUCCGAGAAUGAAAUUAAUGCACUUUUUUUACACCCUCUCCUCUCUCUCUUUUUCUCAUUCUAAACUUUCCUCUCCCGCUCUCCAAUUGGAUGACUUAUUCACCCCUUUUUUCCCCCCCCACUUUAUGGUUUUCAAGAAGCGCCGUUAACCUGGCCGUGUUAAAACUCAAUGAGCAGGGCCUCUUGGACAAAUUGAAAAACAAGUGGUGGUACGACAAAGGAGAGUGUGGCAGCGGAGGCGGUGGCGAGAAGG